AUGACACGAACGAAAGUACCAAGCAUUAGAGAUCCACAACAACUGAUUCAACGAUGGUUGAUUAUUCAUGAAUCUAGUCUGGAGUCACCGUGCUCAAAAUCGUUGGAUUCUAGUGUGUCACCAACACCUCUCGCAGACACAACAAUGACUCAAUUAGAUAAUGAGGUAUAUAUUGAAGAAGAUUCAGUGACAUGUUUUGAAGAACAAUUAGAAUCACAUGUUGAUGAACAAUCAGAGUCUUCCUCUAUUGAAAAGAUUCCUCGAUUGAAGCCUAUAUUAGAGGAGAAUGAACACUUUGAGUGCAAGAUAAGUGUAAAAAGUCAGAUAGAUAACGUCACAAAACUUGUCAAUGAUACUGAUGGGCAUGCGACUUGUGACAAUGUUGGUGUUACAAUUGAAGGCCAAGCUACAGAAGUUGGCCAAGCCACUUGUCAAGCUACAGAAGUUGGACCAGAAGAGAGUCAAGGUGACAAAGUUGACUGGGACAAGUUCAGUAUUGAGAAACGUACAACAACAUGUCAACUAGAAUAUUUGCAUUCAGAUCUAUGGGGACCAUCAACGGUGCAAUCUAUAGGUGGAACAAGUUACUUUAUGAGUAUAGUUGAUGACUACUCAAGGAAGGUUUGGGUUAUCUUACUCAAAUCUAAAUAUCAAGCUUUAAAUAGCUUUAAGGAUUGGAAAAAGGUAACUAAAAAUCAUAUUGGUAGAAAGGUAAAGAUGCUAAGAACUGAUAAUGGACUUGAGUUUUGUUCAAGUGAGUUUAAUGACUACUAUAGAAAGGAAGGAAUAGCUAGACGCUUGACAAUAAGGAAGACACCUCAGCAAAAUGGAUUAGCUGAGAUAAUGAAUAGAUCUCUCCUAGAGAGAGUUAGAUGUUUUAAAAGAUGUAUUAUAAGUAGAGAUGUGGUGUUCAAGGAGGAUGAAAUGGCUAUGAAACCAACUACUGUAGUUCAGUCAAGACAAGAAGAAAAAGGAAUUCAGAUUGAGGUGGAAGAAGAUAGUAAGAAAGGUUCAAGUUAG